CCCUUCCCGGCGGCUCGUGCCCGUCUCUUCAGUGCGGCUGCGCGUCCUCAGCUCCCCUCGGCCGAGGGGGAGUUGGCGGCGCUGGGGCGCGUGCGCGGCCGCCAGGAAGCUGGACCUCGGGGUGGGGGCGGGAGGGAAGCGUUGGCAUGGCGGAGGCGCGGCCCAAUACAGAGCCUUGCAAGGGUUGAAGAGAUGACUAAGGUGCGUGCUGCUGGUGCGUUGAAUCUGAACCCUGAUGCCGAUGAUUCCAUUUCAACAGAAAGACUACCUACAGAUAUCAACUGGGUGAAGAAAGAUAGGAAAGAAUGUAGUAGGAAUCAGAGUAGAAGAAGUUUAUUAUGUCCUAGUCUGCCUGAAAAAGGUACAGAUUAUGGAAGCUCUUCCACAAAGCAUUACGACGUUUAUAAUCCAGAAAGUCGGUAUGGGAAUUCUGAAGACUUUCACCAGUAUUUUGGUACUAGUAGAAGUUCAAAGAAUCGCAGCUUUCAAAGUCAGAGGUGGCACAGAUCAAGGAAUGAUACCACAUGUACUAAAAGUAAGGUAAGACAAACCACUACAGAAGCUGCUGCAUGUCCUGGAAUUUCAGAUGCUGCAAAGCUACCUGGAAGAAGAGGGCCUAUUAAAGGAUACAAUGAAUUUAUCUCCUCAGAGAGUGACAGGGAAGUAGCUAAUGCGGAUAGCAGAGGAGCAAAGCCAAAGAAAACACACCUCGUGCAUGCAUCUGGAAGAGGUUUCAGGGAGAAGGGAAAGCAAGUACAUGAGCGAGAAAAGAGAAUGAGCUCUAAACAGAAAGCAGAGCUUUUUGAAAAUGCUCCGUCUUUGGAUUUGACUCAGUCAGACUCUUCAGAAUCUUCUGCUGGAAAGGCAUUCAGUGAGGCACCAAUUGGUAGUGGGGAUGAGCAGAAAGGCUACAAUUAUGUACACAAAAGAUAUCCCCGGAAGCCUGUGUGGAAUAAACCCCCGAUAGAGAAAGAUUAUCAGAAGAAACAUGAUUCUCACCAUAGCAAAAAUACAAAAGUGGGUAAGAAGUCAUCUUUUGCUUAUGCUCCAAAAGACAAAAAUGAGAGGAAGAAAGAAUUUUCUGAUCACAAAAAUGAUGAGAAUGUGACCAGUGAGAACAGAAAUGAAUUGCUUGAGUCUACCAGAUGUAAUGGAAGAAAGUUCUUGCUAAAGGGGGAUCAAGCACCUACCCUUAAUUUCAGCUGGACUCAGUACUGGAAAAAGCAAAGUGAUAUACCGAAAAACAAAGAAACUCAUACAGGGUCUUUGAUUGAGCAGCUGACGACGGAGAAGUAUGAAUGUAUGGUAUGUUGUGAAGUUGUCCGAAUAGUAGCACCUGUGUGGAGCUGUCAGAAUUGCUACCACGUAUUCCACCUGAACUGUAUUAAGAAAUGGGCGAGAUCACCAGCUUCUCAAGCUGAAGACAGUAACAGUGGUUGGAGGUGUCCAGCAUGUCAAAAUGCUUCUACACAAGUUCCUAAAACUUACACUUGUUUCUGUGGUAAGGUACACAAUCCAGAAUGGAAUAGAAAUGAAAUUCCACAUAGCUGUGGGGAACUUUGUGGAAAGAAGAGACAGGGUUUGGAUUGUCCACAUCUUUGUAACAUCUUGUGUCAUCCGGGACCUUGUCCUUCAUGCCCAGCCUUUGUGACAAAAACAUGUGAAUGUGGACAGACAAGUCAUUCAGUUCGCUGUGGCCAGUCAACAAAAAUUCAUUGUUCUAAUGUUUGUGGAAGUACUUUAAACUGUGGCAAGCACAGAUGUACUCAGGUGUGCCAUGCAGGAGAAUGUUUACCUUGCCAACUAAAAGUACAGCAAGUGUGUUACUGUGGAAAAAGCUUUAAAGAAGUACUGUGUGGGACAAAGGAAGAAUUUUAUGAUGGAUUUGGGAGUUUCUCAUGUCAGAAUACGUGUGGCAAAACAUUAAAUUGUGGGAGGCACAACUGUACACAAGUAUGCCACCCCCAACCUUGCCAGCUCUGUCCACGGCUUCCACAAGUAGUAUAUCGCUGUCCCUGUGGUCAGACUCCUCUCAGCAAGUUACUGGAACUAGGAUGUAUUGAACGUAAAAUAUGCACAGAUCCUAUCCCAUCAUGUGGAAAAACAUGUGGCAAACCUCUUUCUUGUGGUAGCUAUGAGUUGCUUCAUACAUGUGAAAGCCUGUGCCAUGAAGGAGACUGCAAACCGUGUUCUCAAACAUCAAAUAUUUAUUGUAGGUGUGGCUUCAAAAAAAAGGAAGUCCCAUGUGCUCUACUCAGGAAUAAAGCUGCUAUUACAUUUAUGUGUGACAAGCGAUGCAACAAGAAAAGGUCAUGUGGAAGACACAAGUGUAAUGAAGUUUGCUGUGUGGACACGGAGCAUAAAUGUUCUUUGGUUUGUGGUCGCAAACUCAACUGUGGACUGCAUAGAUGUGAAGAGCCUUGUCACCGGGGCAGUUGUCAAACAUGCUGGCAAACAAGUUUUGAUGAAUUGACUUGUUACUGUGGAGAAUCAGUGAUUUACCCCCCUGUUCCUUGUGGCACUCAGCCACCAGAGUGCAAAAAAACAUGCACCAGGCCACAUGACUGUGAUCAUCCAGUGUACCAUUCAUGUCAUAGUGAGGAGAAGUGUCCACCCUGUACCUAUCUCACUCAGAAAUGGUGUAUGGGCAAACAUGAACUGCGAAGCAAUAUUCCCUGUCAUCUCACUGACAUUUCCUGUGGACUUCGCUGCAAUCAAAUGCUAAAGUGUGGAAUGCACAGAUGUAAAAGAAUCUGUCAUAAAGGGGAAUGUCUUAUAGAUGAGGAGUGUAAACAGCCAUGUGUUAUUCCAAGACUUUAUUGUAAUCAUCCCUGUAUGGCUCCGUGUCAUCCUUCUUCAUCCUGCCCAACAACAUCCUGCGGUGCAAAGGUUGAACUUCAGUGUGAAUGUGGAAGAAGAAAGGAGAGUAUGAUUUGCUCAGAAGCAUCUAAUACUUAUCAGAGAAUAGCUGCUAUAUCUAUAGCCACUAAGUUAACAGAUCUGCAGCUUGGAGAUUCAGUGGAAAUCAGCAGACUUAUUACAAAAAAGGAAAUGAAGCAGGCCAGGUUGCAGUGUGAUGAAGAAUGUUUAGCUCUUCAGAGGAACAGGCGCCUUGCUGAUGCCCUUGAAAUAGAUGGUAAUUCUGACCCUUUUAAUACUCGUUCUUCUGGACCAAAAUAUAGUGACCUUUUAAAAGAGGAUGCCAGGAAAGAUUUAAAAUUUGUCAGUGAUGUUGAGAAGGAGAUGAGAAUGCUUGUGGAAGCUGUGAAUAAGGGCAAGUACACAAAGAAGAGUCAUUGUUACCCACCAAUGAACAGAGAUCACCGUAGAAUCAUCCAUGAAUUAGCUCAGGUUUACGGCAUUGAAAGUGUGAGCUAUGACAACGAGCCAAAGCGUAAUGUUGUUAUCACUGCAGUCAAAGGGAAAUCCGUUUGUCCAAGCAAUACCUUAACUUCUGUGCUAGAUAAAGAAAUGAAGAGCAGGCCUCCACCUCCUAUUCCUCAUUACAAACAAACAGAUAAGAAUAGUGGAAGCAGUGGUUUGUCCAAACCACUAAAAGAAGAGCCAGUAAUUGACUACUUUGAUGUCCAAGACUGAAGUCAUCGAUGUAGAAUUAUGACGCAGACGCUCACAGGUGAAGACACUAAAUUACUGCAAAAGGUGCUUUUUGGUAUUUUGUCAAAUGAAUACCUGCUCAACGUAUCCAUGGUUUAACGUGUAAGUUUAGAUUGCAAUACUUUACCUAAGUGCAUUGCACCCAACAGUUGUACCAUUUUAUUUGAAAGCUGGGUUGUCUGCAUUCUUUUUUAUCUAACACGCUUUCAGAAUGAUGUGAAUUUCCAUCGAUGCCUUGAAAGUGAGAGAACUGGUGAGCCAAAAGAGCACCAGGGUAAUAAGAAUAAUAGUAAUUCGUAUGGAUUUGUUUUGAUGUAUCCCAUGCAAUUUAAACUGAACCAGGAAUGGUCUGUUAAAAACAUGAAUGGGAAUAUUCUAAAAGCAUUUUCUUAGUUUAAGAAGUAACACUUCCAUGUUAAUGUGGUAAAUCUGGGGAUUUGAGUUACUCUUGCGUGUGCAAGGAAAUACAAAACAUAGUCACUAACUAUGAAUAUAUACUGUAAAUGUCACUUAAGAGCACAGACUUCUCUUGGUAUCUGAAGGUGAUUUGAGAAAGGUGGAAAAUUAAGGCUUAUUUUGUUGUAUCUCAAAUUUGACAUUAAAAAAAAUAGACAAGAAAAUGAUUGAUGCUAUGUUAUUUGAGACACCAAACUUGUUAUUUUAGAGUUCUAUUUGGUUUAUAUUUUAUUUAGAUAAUUUAGUUUGGCGGCUUUGGGGUUGUUUUUUUUCUGCAUGGUUUUGUUCAUGAUUUAUAAUAUUUUUCUGUACUGUGCAAGCACAAGGGAAUAUGUGAAGUUUGAGCUAAGUAUGUUUAGAGUUGGAGCGAUAUUUGUCUUAGCUCUUUGCCAGUGGGAGAUAUUAAUUGCAUGGAAAUGCUGUGAACAAAAUGCAAUGAGUAUAUGGUAUAACCAGCAGUUUCACAGGUGGUGAAUUUGUUUCAGGUUAUGAGAUAAGGUGGAUGAGAAAGCUCUAAGUCUGAUCCGAAGUGGCACAUCUCUAACUUUUGUUGCCAGGACAAUGCAAGGCAGCAAUCCAUGCUUAGACUCACGUUGUUAUUCAUUUUUUGUCUUACAUUUAGUGAACAGAAAUGAAAGAUAAAUUGACAAAGCCUAUAGUGCCCUUAUUUUUUUUUAAGCAAGUUACUGUUUGAUCCUACAAGGUGUACCACUUUGCUGAUUCAGUUAAAUAAGUUGCUUGGCAUCUUUUCAGCAAUUUAUUUCUUCAAAUCCCAUCAUUAUGAGGAAUGUAUCUAUUCCCAAUACUUGUAGUGUCAGCUCACUGUGGCUAGUGGCUUUUAAUCUAGAAAUUCAGAGCUGUGUUAGUGUUUCCAAGCAAGUAACUGGCAAUAGGGAGACUGUGCAUAGUUACACUGCAAGUUUGUUCUGGACAGGAGCUGUCUGGUGAGCUGAAAGUGUGUCACAUCCAGCUAAUGCAGCUGGUGUAUCGCAGGUAGACCUAAUAACGAGAAAAACUAUCAUCAAAACCAAAAACACACUUAAUUGAUUUGAUUGAUACUAAGUAGCAUAAGGCUGAAGUGUGUUAACUUUUCGCCCACACAUCACAUAAAGCUGAUGCUUCUCAUCUGGACUUCUGAUUUGAAAUAGAAGACCUAAAAGGCUUCCAUAACAUUAUAUCCAGCUCUGUCUCAGUUGUUUUUUUUAAUCAAGUUACGUCUGACGUGACAUAAAAAUAUGAACUUGGUGAGAUGCACUUCAGCAGUGAAGUAUUUUGCUACUAUUUUUAAUAAAACCCAGGUAUCUUUAGCUUCUCAAGUUGAAACUAGUAACUACACCGAAUCUGUUCAUACUGAGAAGUCAUACUCCUCACUAUACAUCUUAACUGCAUGAGUAUCAGAGGUUUUAUGUAGAUAUGUAUAUUAAACAUCUUUAAAUCAUGGCUGUUGGAGCUUAUCUGUAGUUAUGCAUCAAGUCAUAUGUGGAAAAAAACAUUUGGUUUGAAAUGCAUUUUAAUAACUUGAUUCAAACAUGAUACUACAUAUCUACCAGACAUCUAGGGAAAUGAUACCAAAAAGAAUAAGUAAGGAUGUCGUUCUUCCUAGAACACAGUAACAUGGCCUUAAAAAGGAACUCAGCAAUGUUCAGCAGAGGUGUUUGCUCUGUUCUCAUGUGCUUUGGCUGCAGUGUCUGUGACUUUCACAUGGAAUAGUACUAAAGGCUGUAGUUUAAAAAUGUACGAUAACUCAUCCUCUUACUGCACGCAUGCCUCAUGGAAAGUAUUUUCAAUUAGCUAUUUUGUAACUCUUUCAGCAGGUCUUUACACUCUUUGUGGAUAACAGCGACCUUUGCAUCAGUGAAGUGAGUAGCAAAAGCUACUAAUGUCACUGUCACCAAGACUUAAGCUUGAAUAUCCUAAUGGUUUUCCACAGCCCUCAGAGUAACGUUGUCUCUUGUAAAUUUACUUUUUGCAGGCAUUCUGCAAUAAGCAGCCUUUGGAAUAACUUGUGAUGUAAGUUAGGAUUCAUGCAACUUCAUGAAGCGCUUUUAAAAUUGUGUAUAAAAUAGAUAUUUUUGCAUUUUGGCUGUGAUAUUACCUAUAUUGUUUAAUGUGUUCAAAGUGCUCUGAGUAUUAACUGCUUGGAUUUAACCUAAAAUUGUGUAGGAUGCUUAAGUAGACCUCAGUACCACCGUUUCUGUGGCACUUCUGUACAAUAUCUGCCACAUAAUGAAAUAAGCAAAGUGUUGUAGAAAAAUUGUAAGUUAUUUGUUGAAAGAUUCUUAUUUGACUUGGUUGGGUUUUUGUUUAUUUUUUUGAAGUUAUUGGUGUAAAAUGACCUUCUUUAUAAAGCUGAAAUAAAAGUAAAUUGAAAGUUCUGUGCUUUGAA